CCGCAUCGAUAACGCAACGUACAAUUCCGUGGAGGAGACGUGACAUGAGAAUUGUCAACAGGCGAAGCUGCGCUUGGUGACUGAACUGCGGGGCUACUGACAGCGGCAGCUGGCCAGCACAACACCGCCAGUGGGCACCGUCUGAUGACAAUGGCUGGACUCAUUCUGACGAGAAGUAUCAGCCGCGUUUCGCUGCCUUUUUCUGGACCUGUCCGAAUGAAAGGGGCCAGUAGAUGCUCCUGGACGACGGUGAGCAGAAGCAGAUCUGCUCAGAUAAGCAGACGAGUGACUCUGCUGCUGGGCUUUCCCUCCGUCUCCUGUUUGGCCUUUGGAGCUUAUCACCAAGUUCAGAGUUCACCUGUGCUUCAUGCCUUAGAAAAAGAUGAUAUUUUGGAACAAGCAGACUACCUCUUCAGCUGUGCAGAGACGGAAAAACUCUACCAGCUGCUUUUGCAAUGUAAAAACAGCGACAAUGUGGAGUUCCUGUGGAGGUUGGCCCGCGCGUGCCGGGACCUCGCCAUGCUGCCCGACACGGAGGCCGCGCGGAAGAAAGAGCUUGUAUACGAGGGUUUUCAAUACGCAAAGAAGGCGCUGGAGAUGGAUGACAAGUGUUGGGCGGCGCACAAAUGGUACGGGGUGUGUCUCAGUGAUAUAGGAGAAUAUGAAGGAAUCAAGGUGAAGUUAGGAAACGCCUACAUCAUCAAGGAGCAUCUGGAGCGUGCCGUAGAACUAAACCCCAAGGAUGCGACCUCCCUCUACAUACUGGGUUACUGGUGCUUUGUCUUCGCGGGGCUGCCGUGGUAUCAGCGCAAGGUGGCGGCCGUCAUUUUCGCCUCGCCCCCGGAAUCCACAUACGAAGAGGCGUUGGACUUCUUCCUGCAAGCUGAAGAAGUCGAUCCCAACUUCUACAGCAAAAACCUCCUCAUGCUGGGGAAGACGUACCUGGCCAUGAAGGACAUGACGAAGGCUCUGCACUGGCUGACCAAAGCUAGAGAAUAUCCUGCUCACUCUCAUGAGGACAAGGAGGUCCAUAAAGAGGCAGGGGAACUGUUGAAGAACUUCAAGUGAGAAGCCGUGUCGAACCUCAGAUAUCGGGCAUCAGCACAUCCAGAAUGUGACGUUGCACUGUCAGAAUUUUCCGGACACUGAGUCAGACCUCAGAUGGAACUCAUGCAUCCUAACACAGUUCAAAUAAACCUCAAGAAAAGUACGCUGUCUGACCUGUUUUUUUUAGCAGCCCGAGGGGAAGUUCUAACCAAGUCCUGAAGUCCUCCACAGCAGGAUCAGCGCCAGACACAUCACUGGUCUAUUUCUUUGGAAGG